GCGGCAUAUAGCUUUCCGGCUGUUCAAGCGCCGCAGACAAGCCGUUUAUCUUUGUCACCACCAUCCAGGCCAACUUCACCAUCUCUUAACUUCAUAGAGGGCCUGGAGACAACAAUCAAAAAGAUCACCACUCGCUUCUUCACCGAUGACUCGCCAGCAGUAACAUUCCUCAACAAAUAUGUCAAAGUAACAAUGGAGCUUCCUGUAACGACAAAUGGAGUACUCAGUUUGGCUAGAGCAUGGAGGCGUGGAAAGACUUCAGAAUGGACUAUUCUUACUUCAAUGCUUCCGUUAUUCAUAGUCUUGUUACUAUUUUGUUAGUGGGCAACGGAGUCAAAGAAUAUGGCCCACCCAUGUUUCCCCAUCUAGAAUUUGUAGGGUGGCAAGAUGAAGAUUCUAUUCGAUCAUUCAUAAGUCGUAUCAAGGACCAGCUCCAUGAUGAAACUUGGCAGCAUAGGAUUGAUAUGUUGAUUCCUCCAGAGGCAAUAAGUUGUUGUACAAGAGACUCACCGGCAGAUUUAGAUCAAUCGUCAGUAAGCGCGAUUGAGGGAAUCAUCUCUACUAAUAACUCAACCAAGUGGGAGACUAUCCUCACCAACACAGAAGCCAUGUUAUCAUCAUGGAAUAAUAAAGAACGUCGUGGCAACAUAAUUGGGGUACUUAGACACACUCGAGCUAUCCAUGUAUCGAUGGUAUCUCUCGGUGGGAGUACUUUUAUCUUGGAGGAUGAAGCGCUGUUAGUGGAAGCUGCUUUAGGUCGUAUCAAGAUCCUUGGUGGAGAUGCUCGAGUUGUCAUGGAUGAACCGCUGGUAUUACGUGCUGUACAGAAUUACUUUAAGCAAAAGGAUCUUUUGUUCAUUUCUGCUGCGGAGCGAAUAAUGCUUACCUCAACUAAUCCAUCAGUGCAUGGGAAUAAUUGGAAAUAA